UCACGAUGAAAAUUUUUCUCAAGUUUUUCCACUCAUUUCUUUGCAAAAUGGCAAAGUUUCCGGUCGUGAAAAAGUUUUUGUGCAUUUUUGAUCUUCAAAAUUCAAUUUAUUUUAUUUCAAUAUUUAAUAUCGUGUUUUGUUGCUUUCUGAUUUAUGUCGAUGCCAAUGAACUUAUACAUCGAGUCGAGGAGUAUAAAAAGUCAUUGGAUUUGGGUGGUGAUAAGGAUGAUAGUGAUUGGUUCACAUUACUUCAAGUUUCAAAAAUAGUAAUCUACAUCUUCACAAUCACUGCAAAUAUUCUGCUUUGCUGUGGGAAUUUUAUCAUUAAAGAUAUUUGCUGCUCGUUAACAUUCUACGUCAUGUCAAUUAUUGUAGCUGUUAUGACUCUUGCUAGUGGAUUAUAUCACAUUUUACCUCAUUAUAUUGGAUUUUCAAUAGCAAAUAUUUAUUUUGUGGUCUGUGUCUACUCAUUGGAGAUGAAUUUGAUGGAAAGGAAGGAGAUGAAGAAGGCGAGGGAACAGGAGUUUGAUAGGGAUCGGAUGAAAGGGUUUUGAAGAGAAGGCUGGCUUAAGUUUUGUGAGAACUAGCGUUGUAAAUGGAUUUAGAGGAGGUUGGCAGAGUUUUGUGUUAAAUUUGUCACACUAUUAGCUGAUUUUGUUCAAAAGUUGUCAGAAUUUCAGCUGACUUGUUCAUAAUUUGUCAGAAUUUCA